AUGAAUCGAGAACUCGAGGAAACUUCUUAAAACCAAGAAAAUAAAAUUUCAAAAGAUGAAGAUGAAAAGAAGUUCAAAUUACUUAAAGAGCAUUUUAGAGUUUAAUUCAAAGAAUCAUAUAAAUAUAUAGGUUUUAAUUUACUUUUCAGUUUUGGAAAGUACUUAGUUUGUUUUUAUAGUUUAUAGCAACGUGAUCAACAAUGCGAUGUUAAUCCAUUAUUUGUUUGGUUGACGAUUGUUGGCAUGUAUGAAUUUUUCAAUUCGAUCAGGUAUUUGGCUGUGCUAUAUUCAUUAUAAAUGAAUUCAAAAGAUAUCUUCUUAUUGGUCAUGGCAGAGAUGUUGACAAAGGAUUCUGAAGAAUAAAUGAAUCUCUAAGGAAUGGAAGAAAAAAAUAAGUAAAAAAAUAAUUCUAAAAUAAACUUUAGACGAAAUCAAAUAAAAACUCUGAUCAAAAUGAAAUUAUCAACGAGAGACAUAAGAUAAGAAGAAUUAAUAGCUGAACCACCAUUUACUCAAUAUGAAAUAAUACACUAAGCAGAGGCUUUGAAUAAAUACACUCGUCUUAUGAAAGUCUACAAUUAAUUCAUUUUCUACCUUAUAUUUACAGGAGGUAAUAUUGCAUACUUCCAAUCAGAUUCCAAUGAUUGUGAUGAUAGUUUAAACAAUGUUACCUUUGUUCUACUUCUGAUAGGGUAUUUGUUUUCUGCUUUUCUGAUUAUUGGAUUUGGAUUGGCCAUAAUAUCAAUGGCCUUAUACAUGCCUAUUAUCCUCUUUCUAUUUAUAUUUAAAACUAUAGGUAAAAUUUUCAAGAGACUUCAAACAAAAAAUAAGUUCAAAAAAAUGAAAAAGUUUUAAUACAAAAGUGGUCCUGAGUUCUCAGCCAUCUAACAAUGCAAUAUUUGUAUGUGCGAUUAUGAAGAUAAUGAUUUAAUUGUACAAUUACCAUGCAGUGUUAAACAUCAUUUCCAUGAUCAUUGUCUUCAACAAUGGGUUAUUAUUAAAUAGUAAUGUCCCGUUUGUCGUAAAUUAAUUUGA